AUGGCGGUCAAUUUACGCACCAAAAUGCCCAAGGACAUGACUCUUGUGGUGAGCGAUGUGUCUCAGGCCGCGAUAUCCGGGUUCCAAGAACAAAUGAAGGAUGUAGGGCCGGUGGUCGUUGCGGCCAACGGGUGCGAAGCGAUUCAGAAGGCCAAUACGAUUAUAACGGUCUUACCUAACGACGCCGCCUGUGACAACGUCUACCUCGACCCAUCAACCGGUAUCCUCGCGGGCGUCAAGCAGGCCGAUGCCUCGCAGGCCAAGAUUGCCAUGGAGUGCGGGACCAUGAGCCUGGAAAUCAUCCACAAAGUCCGCGACGCCUCGUCACAGCUCGGCAACCUCACGUUCAUUGAUAGCCCCAUCUCCGGCGGGCCGCUCGGAGCCAAAGCAGGCACGCUGACCAUUAUGGUUGGGUGCGAUGAGGCUGUUUUUCCAAAGAUCAAGCCGCUGCUCGAGCACAUGGGCAGCGGGGUCAGGCGGUGCGGCGACGUGGGGACGGGGACGGCGUUCAAGACCAUCAACAACUACAUGUCGAUCAACAACGUGCUGGUCGCCAGCGAGGCGCUGAACAUCGGCGCCAAGUUGAACCUCAACAUGGACGACCUGAUCGACACGGUCAACUCCAGCAGCGGCAUGAGCUGGAUCACGCUCAAGAACAACCCGGUGCCAGGCGUCACGCCCGGCGGCGCCGCGAGCAAUGACUACAAUGGUGGUUUUCGGAUAGAACUGGGCCAGAAGGAUCUAACGCUGGGCGUGCAGUUGGCUAAGAUGGUCGGUGCGAGACCCGUGGUUGCGCUUGAGACGCUGAAGACCUUGGAGGAAGUGGCGGGUGAUCCGAGAUAUGCUGGAAAGGACUUGCGGGUUGUGUACAAGUGGCUGAAUGAGCAGUAG